AGGAAGUUGAAUUAUCAGCUGAUCCUACUGGCUGUUGUUGAUGCCUGAAGUUGCUGUUGUUUGGACGCCGUGUCGCUCUUAUCAGGUCCUGACAUUGAAGACACGUUAAAGCGCAGAAAGGGACACGGUGGGCAUUUACCGGUCGACGAGCUUAUGAGUGACACGGAAAGCGUCUCCGCGCGAGUACUUGGGAAUUUGCGCACGAGCGACGAAGAGCUAGCGCUCGAGCUUAAAGCUUCGCUGAAACGAAAAAAGAAAAACAGCAGAGACAGCCGACGGCUCGGCGUGCUGUCUUUUGUUUAUGUCGUGUCAGUUUGAACCGUGAUAUUCAUCAUUUCUGUCUUGACUUUGAGAGUUUUUUUACGUUAUUUAUAUUUAUACUUGAUUGAAAAUAAUCCAACGGGGCAGCUAGCUCGUCCGCUAAUGUUAGCUCGUAGCGCGAAGAAAAGCAGUCUUGUUGACAAGAUUUGAUGCUUUCGUAACCGCCCAACUGUGACAGAUGAUAAACAUAACGGGCGGAAACAGCUGAGUUUGAAAGCGCUAUUUUCGUGCCUGCGUAUUAGUUUGUUGUGUUUUAACCUGUCUGCCACUGGAUCCAGUGCUCUGUUAGGAAACACGGCACCACAGAAGUUCAUGUUUAGUUACUGAAUCGAAGCCUGUUGGAGACAUUUGUGGCUGUCGGACAAGUUUCUGAUUAAACUCAGUGGAUUAGUUUUUUAAUCCUCAUCGAUUUAUUUAAAAACACACAAACAAGCAGUCAGCUAGUUGACAGCUGGCCUUGUGCGUUUUAGGUUUGCUAAACGUUGCGUAAUUUAUGUUCAAGCUGGCAGCCAAUGUUGGGCAACUUGUUAAAUUCCAAGUUAAAACUUGUGCGUUUUAGGAACGUUUGUGUGCUUUGUAUGUGAUUUUAAGGCCCGUUUACUUUCUCUUCUUUGGUACCAUUUUAAUGUCAAGGACGUAUGACAUGAGAUAAAAAGGACACGUUUACUGUAACGCGCAGACCGAGUGGCUGUUCUGAUUCUCAUGAAUUUGAUAGCUUUGGAGAAAUAAUAAGAGUUAUGAUUUAAAGUAGCCGUCGGAAAUCCUGUGGGAAAGUACUGUGUUCAGCCGCGAGAGAGAGAGAGAGGGUCCCUCACAGGAUCCCAUCGUGUCUUGAGGUGAGGUGAGCUGCCCCCCACUACUUGCCAAUGCUGGAUCUGGAAGUGGUGCCUGAGAGAUCACUAGGAAAUGAGCAAUGGGAAUUCGCCUUAGGGAUGCCAUUUUCCCAGGCCAUCUCUAUCCUUCAGAAACACUGCCGCAUCAUCAAAAAUGUCCAGGUGCUAUACAGUGAACAGACACCACUCAGCCAUGACCUCAUACUGAACUUGACUCAGGAUGGGAUUAAACUGCUGUUUGAUGCCACAAAUCAGAGACUCAAGGUGAUUGAAGUGUAUGACCUGAGCAAAGUCAAGUUGAAAUACUGUGGAGUCCAUUUCAACUCUCAGACCAUUGCCCCCACGAUAGAGCAAAUAGACCAGUCAUUUGGCGCUACACACCCUGGAGUUUACAAUGCUGCAGAGCAGUUGUUCCAUCUCAACUUUCGGGGACUGUCCUUCUCUUUUCAACUGGACUCAUGGAAUGAAGCUCCAAAAUAUGAGAGACCUUUAGUAUCUACCAGUCCUGUACUACUUCCAGCUGUUUUGCCUUGGCAGCCUAACUUUGCCAUGGGUUUGGCCUCCCUGCAGAUUCCACAUGGGGCAAUGGUCAAGAGGAUGCACAUCUACACUGGCAACAACCUGCAGGAAACAAGAGCUCCUGCAAUGCCAUUGGCUUGUUUCCUCGGUAACAUUUAUGCAGAGUGUGUGGAUGUCCUGAGGGAUCGGGCGGGCCCUCUGGGGCUCAGGCUCCGCCUUCUCACUGCAGGUUGUGGUCUCGGUGUGAUGACUGAUAGUAAAAUCAAGUCCCUCGAGAGGAGCAUCUACUUUGGAGAUUCCUGUCAGGAUGUGCUCGGUGCUCUGGGCUCCCCACAUAAAGUUUUCUACAAAUCUGAGGACAAGAUGAAGAUCCACUCUCCGUCACCACAUAAGCAGGUCCCAUCUAAAUGUAACGACUACUUCUUCAACUAUUUUACCCUGGGAGUGGAUAUUCUGUUUGACUCGACAACUCACCUGGUUAAGAAGUUUGUUCUCCAUACCAACUACCCUGGACAUUACAACUUUAAUAUAUAUCAUCGGUGUGACUUUAAGAUUCCACUUGUCAUCAAAAAAGAGGGAGCAGACUCUCAGACUGAGGACUGCAUCUUAACUACUUACAGCAAGUGGGAUCAAAUCCAAGAACUGCUCGGCCAUCCAAUGGAAAAACCUGUAGUGCUGCACAGGUCUUCAUCGGCCAAUAACACAAAUCCUUUCGGCUCUACGUUCUGCUUCGGACUGCAGAGGAUGAUCUUUGAGGUGAUGCAGAAUAACCACAUAGCAUCGGUAACCCUCUACGGUGCUCCACGCACGACCAGUCACGCCCGACCCGAGUCCAGCAGUAGUUCCCACUAAACAAGUAACCGCAACCACAUCCCGUUUUGGCCUGUCGUGAAUCCAGUACUUCUACUGACUGACUUUCUAAUCCAGAGCCAGAUUCUUAACCAAGCAGACCUAACCGAACAAAGUUACUCUUACCCAGCUCAGAUGCUAACAGAGAAACAACUAAAAUCAGACACGGCAUUUACCAACUCUUCCUGUUGGAUACUAAGACUCAUUCUUCCAAUCCGGCACACCCAUCUAGCACAGCUAAACCAACUCUAUCCCGGGACAUCCGAGAUCCAGUCACACAGUCUCUGUGCUGGAGCAUGGAGCGUUUUAUCUCGGUUAGUCCAACGGUCCCAGUGGUGCUGCGUUGUGGUAGAGCUCGACCGUUUCCUUUCCAUCCUUACGAUGCUUUCACCCCGGACCACCGGGGGAAAAAAGCUUGUCCAGACUCUAAGCUGGCGCCAGUUUAUUUAUCAGCAGCCUCCGUACCGUUGUGGUGGUGGGACAGUUGGCGUUUGAAUUCACCUGCUGCAAAUCUCAAGUUAUUUAACAUCAGCGUAAUAAUAUCGCAGCUGGAAGCUGCUGUGGCCAGAGUCUGGAAACAAAGUGUAUCACGUCAAACAACCACAACCAGCAAACCAGUACCGCCAGUCUUCCUGCCUCAGCUUCAGAACGGCUUCCAAACUACAAAAAAACCAAACCAGUUCAGUCCAACCGAGAGCCGUCAGAGCCAAAAUGCAGUGAAAGCUGCAGAGGACUUUAACCAAAAACACGAGAAUCCCAAUUUUGUCACACAAGACAAAGACCGCUCGCUCUCAGGGUUCGGACGGAGACGUCCUCCUGAACAUAACCCGCUUGAUGUCCCGCCCAGUUGAACCAGAUGUGACCAGAAAGAAAAUCCUCCCUGUUGUCUUCUUAUUCUUCCUUCAACUUUGCUCAGCGGCGCCCGCCAACACACACAGACACACACACAGGCAAACAAAGCACACUCAACAGCACGACUGCUGUUACGUCUCCCUGCACGGACACGGUGACAGAAAUGAGCAUCUGCAUGUGGUGUGAGGCUAAUUUUUAAAAAUGACAUUUCAAUUUGUGUUAAUUUAAGCUUGCACAAACACACACAGCAUCCUUUCAUUACUAAACGCAUGUAUUCCUGAUACAUGAAAGCUGGUUUUAGCCGUUUAAUCGUGAAGCAGACUGACAUGCAGGAAUGACACGAGAAUCUUUGCAUGGACUCUUGUGCAGCGAGAGGAGACUUACUACAAGCACAAACUGACGCCCGUUUCCUUUGAUUGGUUGCAUCUUCUUGCAUGUUGUGAGGGGUGUAGAGUCGCCAC